AUGCCUCUAAACGCCGAGACUCCUGAUGGCGAAGAGACCGCCGGCCAGCGAAAGGACCAUUUCGAAGCCAUGCGAAGCCGCGUCCCACGCUACCUAUUCCGCGCCUUCGACGGAUCCAGCGGCGGCGGCAGCUCGUGUUCCGUCAUCAACGCAACCGAGAUCAUACCCCGAGGCUUCAUGAACGGCAGGCAAGUCACUGGGUUCUACAAAAAACAGGAGAAAGAACUGCAUGCCAUGGUGCAAGCCCACUUCUCCGCCGACGAAGACGUUCUGACUGGGUUUAGCUCGUGGGCUGCUUCUCUUCACACAGUUCUUUGCUAUGCGUAUACUUGUUCUCUGGAGUAUGAAGAUGUUCACGUUGCUGUGCUCGAUCGCGAGAGGCUGGAUGGUGAGGUAAGAAUCUGGUGGGUGCCGGAUCUUUUAGAUCCGGGUGAGUAUCAUGGUGAGCAUGAGUAUUUGGCGCAUGGAUGUAUCCGGGGGCCGGGGUAUACAGCGGUGCCUUUUGAGGACCUGAUGGUUGGUGAACUCGGCACUGCUAUCUUUCCUGAACUCACAGAAUGGAAGGAUGGGGAUCUCAACUUCGGCGAUGAUCUGAGAGAUAAGAUGUUUCAGGAAGUGUUGGUCGGAUACUAUAACUAUCAGACUGAACGUAUCAGGCGCAUAGGCAAGUUGUUUGGAGGCCUCGCUUUGCCGGUCAUGCUCGCGUUGCUGACGCUGAGGCCGCGAUACCUUGCUGAAGUUUAUGUGCCUGUUAAUGAUGCGCCAAUGGCGCGAGAGGAUUUUGUGGACUGGCUGAUCACAUCGCUGGACAUUCAAGCCCUUGAUUACGAUCCCGAAGAAGAACUCUGGUGUCGGCCAGGGGUAGUUUACACACGCGAAGAAGGCAAUUGGAAGGCUUAUCCGGAUGUUGAACAGUGGAUCAAACUGCUUCGUAUGAUUGGUGAGCGGCUGUCUCAACGAAGCGCAGAAGAGAAGAUGGGGGGUGGGGUGGAUGGUGAAGAGGAAAGCGGUAGUGACGAUAGAGAAAUGCAAGACCUGAACGAUGAAGAUUCGGGCGAAGAGAUGUUAAGCGAUGAAGAGCUGGGCGAUGAAGAUCUUGGCGAAGAUCAGUUGAACGAUGAAUCGGAUGAAGAGGAUUGA